AUGGGACCCCCUGAUGAAACAGGGGAACAGCCAAUGUUAUAUUGGCCAUUCUCUCCUAGUGAUUUAUACAGUUGGAGAACUCAACAUGCAAAGUUCGCUGAUAACCCAAAAGAUCUUAACGAUCUUUUGGAUACUGUUCUUUUCACCCAUCAGCCCACCUGGGAUGACGGUCAGCAGCUCCUGCAGGUUCUCUUUACCACUGAGGAAGAGCGAAUCCAGAUGGAAGCCCGGAAGUCCAUCUUGGGUAACGACAGACAGCCAACCCAGAACCCCGACCUCAUAAAUGCAGCUUUCCCCUUGUCUCGCCCCGCUUGGGACUACAACUCGGCAGAAGGUAAGGAGAGGCUCCGGGUCUACUGCCGGACUCUGAUGGCAGGUCUAAAGGCUGCAGCAUGCAAGCCUACCAAUCUGGCCAAGCUAUAUGAUGUAAAACAGGGUAAAGAUGAGAGCUCGGCAGCAUUCCUAGAAAGGAUCAUAGAGGAGUUCAGACAGUACACCCCUAUGAAUCCAGAGGCCCCAGAGACCAAAGCUGCCAUAGUUAUGGCUUCUGUUAAGCAAGCCGCUUCAGACAUUAAAAGGAAAUUACAGAAGAUAGAAAGACAAGGAGAGAAGAGCCUACACGAUCUGACAGUGGUGGCAGAAAGAUUCUACAAUAACAGAGAGACCCUGGAGGAACAACAGGCUAGGAUAAGUGACCAUCAGACCCAGAGCUUGGCUAAGAUCCUACUGGCCACGACCAUGGAUGACCCACAUGAAAAACAGAGACGUCUCAAGAAGCUGGCUUCAGGAGAAGGGAAGGGGGAUGGCACCCACCGAGAACGCCCCAAACUGAAUAGAAACCAGUGUGCUUAUUGCAGGGAAGAAGGCCACUGGGCAAGGGUCUGCCCCUGGUUAAAGGAAUCCCCCGACAAAAGACCAAAGGCCUCCACUACUAUCUUGGAGGUCAAAGAGUUAGAUGACUAG